AUCUCCUACCAACAUGACACUCCCAAGUACCUGCAGAGACCAACUAAUGCUACAACAUAUAUUCAAAUGAGGUCAACCCGUCUAGCUCAAGCACACGAUGCCCGUUGAGAGAAAGAACUUUCGCUUUCGUUUGCGCGACGACGACGACUUGGGACAUGGGUCUCGGGUGAAAGCGAUCAUGCGCGUGCUUGCGCGAUCGCGCGCGCGAUCUUCAGUUUAGUACACGCCGUAGAGCUGUGCGCACGUGCUUCUCGCGACGAUGGAUUUUUCAAAAGUUUUCGUAACGGUUGCGUGUCUGCUGCUGAUUUCGAGCAGUUUGGUCGGUGCGUUGAAACCCCCCGCGACCAAGGUGAUCGGCGGCCAGGAAGCUUCUCCGGCGGAGUUUCCGUACUUGGUGUCGGUUCAGUGGAACUUUGGAAAUGGGACGCGGGCGGUUCAUUUUUGCGGUGGGACGAUCGUGAGCCCGGGUUGGAUUUUGACGGCGGCGCACUGCCGGGAGACGGCGUUCGAUGGCGGUUGGCUCGAGGUGGUCGCUGGGGAGUUUGAUUUAAGGAGGGAGGAGGGAUUCGAGCAGAGGCGAAAUGCGAGCAAGUUUUUAGUACACGAAUCGCGAUCGCCUGGCUUCGUGGGACCGUACGAUAUUGCGCUGAUCAAACUCGAUCGACCGCUGCAGUUAACCACAAAUGUGUCAACGAUACCGUUGGACGCCAGAAACGGUCCCAUGGUUGGAUUUGCCGUGUUGCCAGGGUGGGGCGCCGUCACGUCAACCGUCGAGCCCGAUUACCCAGAAAAACUUCAAAAGGUCAACUUACCGGUCUAUCCGUACGACGCGUGCCUGCAGUACUUCCCCCUCUUCAGCCCGCUCGAGGAGAGCAACUUUUGCGCAGGAGAACUGAGCGGAUCGGCCAACGCCUGUCAUCGUGACUCGGGAGGACCGCUGAUCCAGACGGUGGACGGCGUCGAAACCCAGGUCGGCCUAGUCUCGUGGGGAGCCUUCCCGUGUUCGGCCUAUCGCAGUCCCACCGUCAUAACGUGGAUCAGCAAGUUCAGGGACUGGGUUCGGAUGACGAUUGAGCGGGAAGAGUCUGGCGAUCACAACAAUUGA